AUGGCUAAAACAAAGACUCAAAUCCUUCAAUCAAAGCUCCGAAAGCAAGAAUCCAAUGUAUACCCCCUAUUAGAGAUAAAUUUUGAGGAGAUGCCAAUUUUUGCUAUGGCGGCUCACCCUUCGAAGAGUUUGAUCGCGCUUGGGUUUGCUACGGGCCACGUACAAAUGAUCACCUACGAUCCAAAAACUUUAAAAGAAGAGGCAAGGAACUUAUUUAAAGCGUUCAGGAGCGACUAUAAAGGUCAGACUAAAAGUGUAAUGAACACUGAUAGAAAAUGGUGGAGAGUAGACAAACUCAAAAUUCACGCCACCAAAGAUUCCCUAAUCCAAUGGAAAACCAAAAGACAUAAAGGAAGUUGCAGAGCACUUUGCUUUGAUCCUAGUGGUAGCAAGCUUUUUACAGCUGGGUCUGACAAUGUUUUGAAAUGUGCAAAUAGCGUCACGGGGAAAGUUUUAUACAAGGUCGUUCUAGAUAUUAAGUCACGCAUUUCGAAAAUGAUUGUAGCCCCAACCAAACCUCUUAUUCUAAUUGGAGAUGAAUCUGGAAAUGUUCAUGUUUAUGAUCAAAGAACACUCAAAAAGCUACAUUUUAUUGAGAACUGUCAUGGUGAUGCUGUCAACGGGAUUGUAUCGUUAGCGUCGACCAACGAGAAUGAGUUUGUAUCGUGUGGGUCUUCAUCGUUGACACAUUUCAACGUGAAAAGUGGUAUAAUUGCAGAGUCUGAAGAUCAAGAAGAUGAAAUAAUGAGUGUUACAGUAGUAGACCCCGAUAAUUGUGAAGUACUUAUGUGCGGCAUGAGUGAAGGAGGCGUAUCAGUAUGGAAUAAGAAUUCUAACAACUUUGAUUCCAUGAUAAGAAAAACAAAGACCGGCGAAGACAGCGUGGACAGUGUAAUUGGGACUUUGAAGGGCGAUUCCUGUGUUUGGGCAGGCACAAGCGGUGGACUAGUUCAUCUUAUUCAUUCAAAGAAUGGAAAGAUUCUUGAAACUAGGGAGCACAGUAAAACGGACGAUGUUACCUUUCUUGACCUAGACUACGAGUACCGAUUGAUUACUUGCGGCACCGAUCGUGUGAGACUAUGGGGAGAAUUGCAGGAUGUAGAAAAGGAGGAGGAUGAAGAGGAGCAGGAGGAGGAGGAAGCAACGACAGAAGAAGAAGAUCCAAGUGACUCUUCAGACUCCACAAAUGAUGUCGAAAUUGACUUGCCUAAGGAUAUUAGUUCUGAAUAUGACGAAAAUAAAUCAUCCAUAAACAGUAACGAUGAUUCUAGGGUGGUAUCGGACAGAUCUGCUCUUUUGGGAGAUAUAGAUAAUCCAUCUGAAUCAAUACAAAAGAAAAAAAGGCGAAAAGUUAUUAAAAAUUCAGGAAACCUUGUUUUAGGUUCAUUCUUUGCAGGUUUAUAG